GCUCCUGAAACAGAUGGAAGCAGAGAGGCAGAAGAUUGUCUGGGAGUGGCAGGAGCUGCUAGGGUUUCUGGAGGAGCAGAAGCAGUGGCUGCUGUCCCGACUGGAAGAGCUAGAGAGAGCCAUUGUCCAGAGAAGGGAUGAGGGCAUCUGCAGUCUGUCCUGGGAGAUUCCCCUGCUCAGCGAGAGGGGAGGAGAGAAGGGGCAGCAGCUGCUGAGCCAAUUCCUGCAGGAUGCUGGGAGCACUGGGGGCAGCGGCGAGGACAGGAUGUUUCGGAAGCCAGAGCCGGCGUUUGUGGAGCUGGAGAAGAGACUCAGCGAUUUCUCUCUGAAAAGUGCCAUGCUACAGGAGGUGCUGCUGGGAUUCAAAGCGAUGCUGCGACGGGGGCUGGGGAGCGACAUAGGUACGUGUCUGUCUCUGACUGGCCAUGGGGAGAUUUCAGAGCAAUAACCAUGU